GACAGACGCUCUUGUCAAGCCUGAGGGCGGCGGGGGAGCGUUGGUUCCGGGGGGACGUGGUUAACAGGAGCUUCUUCUCCGUCGUCUUUAUCGUGCUGAGCUCAAACUUGAGGGAGGAAGCUGCCAUUAUAAAACACACAGAGCGAUCCUGCGCUCUGCAGCUUUUCUUCCCAACUUCAUCUCCCCAAAAUCAGGCUCCGUCCACUGAGCAGAGGACACCUGAUGGUGGGAAACCGGUUUAUGCACUGUUUGUUUUGAUUUUUUUUUUUUUAAGUGAAGUAUUGUUGCAAAUGGCUUUUUCAGCAUCCUAGAUUACUUUUUAUUUCCUCCACGUUAUUUCAGCGUGCAACAUCCUGCAUCUGCUAUCGCCCUGGCAACCAGCCCUCCUCUCCAUCAUUCUCCAGCGCUUCAUCCCUCACCAUCAGCCUCCGAGAAGAAAGCAAAAGCUGCUGUUGACGCUCGAUUUCCAAGUGGAAGAAGAUUUUUUAAUUUAUUCAUUUAUUUAUUUUUUGCCUUCGAGGGGUGGCAUCACAUCACUUCUCUGUUACAUUUAUAUUUAUUUUAACAAAUAACGAGUAAGGUUCAUGUGUCGGAGAAGUGUUUUCUGUCAGCGCCAAAAUGCCUGUGAGACGCGGUCAUGUUGCGCUCCAGAACACCUACCUGGACACAAUCAUCAGGAAAUUCGACGAGCAAAAUCGCAAGUUUCUGAUCGCCAACGCCCAGAUGAAGAACUGUGGCAUCAUCUAUUGCAACGAAGGCUUCUGCCAGAUGUUUGGUUUUGCCAGGGCGGAGAUCAUGCAGCAGCCCUGUACCUGUCAGUUCUUGGUGGGGCCUGGUACCAUGAAGAGCGCGCUGGCCCAGCUGGCACAGGCCCUACUUGGCUCUGAGGAGCGCAAGGUGGAGAUCCUCUAUUACGCUAAGGAAGGGACCUGCAGACCCUGCCUGGUGGACGUCAUCCCUGUUAAAAACGAGGAAGGCAUCGUCAUCAUGUUCAUCCUCGACUUCCAGGAGCUGAUUGAUCGCUCACUGAAGAAAUCAGGCCUCAGGCAGAGAGUUGCCCAAGGGUGGAUUUACUGUCAGAAUCGCAGGUUGAAGAUGAGGCUGCCGGUGCUGCGGUCCAUGCGACGGCCUUCACUCUCCAAAGAUCAGUUUGAAGGAGUGGUCGUGGACUAUCUGCAGCCAAACAGCGAGGAAGUCCCCCUCAAAGAGUUUCGGAUACCAUCCAAAGAGAGCUGCAUGCAGUCUGAGACAGAAGCUCUCAUAGAACAGGACCUGGAGCCUCCCUCUCCCGCAGCCCAGCCUUCCACCAAGCAGCGCUCCCUUCUGACAACAGACCGGCUGGACCCGGGCAUCGCCUUCCCCAGGGGGUCCUUACCUCGGAGCUGUUCUCGGGACAGCGUCCGCAGCCUCCGGCGCGCCUCAUCGCUGGACGACAUUGAUGGCAUGCGGGCAGAGUGGAACAGUCGACCUGGAGACCCUCGAACCAACAGCAAUCUGAAGCCCAGCGCUCUGAACUCGACGUCGGACUCGGACCUGAUGAGACACAGGACCAUCAGCCGCAUCCCUCAGGUUACUCUCACCUUUGGCUCGGACCGGAUGAGACCUCCUUCCCCCACCGAGAUUGAAAUCAUUGCGCCCAGCAAGAUUAAAGACCGAACCCAGAACGUCACAGAGAAGGUCACUCAGGUCACGCAGGUGUUGUCCCUCGGUGCUGACGUGCUGCCAGAGUACAAGCUCCAGGCCCCACGCAUCCACAAGUGGACCAUCCUUCACUAUAGCCCCUUCAAAGCGGUAUGGGAUUGGGUCAUCCUGCUGCUGGUCAUCUACACCGCCAUCUUCACACCGUACUCAGCCGCCUUCCUUCUCAAUGAGGUGGAGGAACAGCGGAGGAGAACCUGCGGCUACACCUGCAACCCUCUCAAUGUGGUGGACCUGGUGGUGGACGUCAUGUUCAUCGUGGACAUCCUCAUCAACUUCAGGACCACCUACGUCAACCACAACGACGAGGUGGUCAGCCACCCGGGACGUAUCGCGCAGCACUACUUCAAGGGCUGGUUCCUCAUCGACAUUGUGGCUGCCAUCCCCUUCGAUUUGCUCAUAUUCCGCUCCGGGUCAGAGGAGCCUCAGACAACUACUCUGAUUGGAUUGCUGAAAACAGCCAGACUGCUGAGGUUGGUGCGCGUGGCCAGAAAGCUGGACCGUUACUCAGAGUAUGGAGCCGCCGUCCUUUUCCUCCUCAUGUGCACCUUUGCCCUCAUCGCUCAUUGGCUGGCCUGCAUCUGGUACGCCAUCGGCAACGUGGAGCGCACUGGCUCUGCACGCGUCGGAGGCAUGAAGAUCGGCUGGCUGGACAAUCUGGCCGACCAGAUCGGUAAACAGUACAACGACAGUGACGCAGAAUCUGGGCCCUCCAUCAAGGACAAAUACGUUACAGCCCUGUACUUCACCUUCAGCAGCCUGACCAGCGUGGGUUUUGGGAACGUUUCACCGAACACCAACCCGGAGAAGAUCUUCUCCAUCUGUGUCAUGCUCAUUGGCUCUCUGAUGUAUGCCAGCAUCUUUGGCAACGUGUCGGCCAUCAUUCAGAGACUGUACUCAGGCACGGCCCGUUACCACACCCAGAUGCUGCGGGUCAAGGAGUUCAUCCGCUUCCAUCAGAUCCCAGGAGGCCUGCGACAGAGGCUGGAGGAGUACUUCCAGCAUGCCUGGUCCUACACCAAUGGCAUCGACAUGAACGCUGUUUUAAAGGGUUUCCCUGAGUGUCUGCAGGCUGACAUCUGCCUCCAUCUGAACCGCAGCUUGCUGCAGAACUGCAAAGCCUUUCGAGGUGCCAACAAAGGCUGCCUGCGGGCUCUGGCCAUGCGAUUCAAGACCACCCACGCUCCGCCGGGCGACACUCUGGUCCACAGCGGCGACAUUCUCACCGCCGUCUACUUCAUUUCCAGGGGCUCUAUUGAGAUCCUCAGGGACGAUGUGGUGGUAGCCAUUCUAGGCAAGAACGACAUCUUUGGUGAGUCCAUCAGUCUGUACGGGAGGCCUGGUAAAUCCAGCGCUGACGUUAGGGCUUUGACCUACUGUGACCUUCACAAGAUCCUGAGAGAAGACCUGCUGGAAGUGCUGGACAUGUAUCCCGACUUCUCCGACAUGUUCUGGAACAACCUGGAGAUCACCUUCAACCUGAGAGAUGCAGAUAGAAUAAACCAGACAACCCCGGGCAGGGACUCUGAAUGUGGCUACCGGCGGACGAGGCAUCGGAGAAGCCCUCUGCGUCGACGUAACCGACCGGACGGUACGGACCGCGAAGACAGUUACCCCGAUCAGUCCUGUCCAAUGGCAAACCACCACCGGGGCACGAUGGCAGAGUCCCACUGGGAGGACCUCUGCAGCAGCCCCAGUAUCUGUUCACAGUCUAGUGACGAGGAGACGAAGCCCAUGGGACACAGCAAGGGGGAGCUGUACCUCCCUGGGGGUGACACCAGAGACUACCCCCCAGCAGUGGUCAACCUCCUGCCUCACAGUGGACCCUCAGCUGGGAUGGGACCACCUGUAGACCUCGGAGGACCGCCAUACUCAGCAGCUGCCCCCAUCAACAUGUCAGGUCUGUAUGGCUACUGGCCAGACCGCAGAGCGAGCCAGUUCUCAGAGAGUCAGAGACGAUCGUCCUCUGCGAGGGCCAGUUACCACCCUCCGCCCUGCGCUGAGGAUCGGCCCAGCGAGCUGGAGUCCAGACUGGAGCUGCUGCAGUCCCAGUUAAACCGGCUGGAGACCCGCAUGACGGCUGACAUCAACGUGAUCCUGCAGCUCCUCCAGAGGCAGAUGGCCCCGGUGCCUCCGGCCUACAGUGCUGUGUCCCCCAGCCCUCACCCGCCUCACCCCACCAGCCUGUACAGCACAGGAGCACCCACAAUCCACACGGUCCCUCCAAUCCAGCCGGUACAGAUCGACAGCACUGCCUCACUCCUGCAGAGUCCAGACUCUGACUUCAACCACAAAUCCAAGGACUCCCUAUCCAGCGGGAUCCAUCUCACCGUGGCCUCUGAUGACACCAUGUCCAUGUCGCCCGAGGCCGACCCCCCACACCUGCCUUCUGUGGACCUCGCCCCUCCUCAACUGUCCGAGGCCCAAGACCCUCCCGGACUGCUAUGUGGCAGCCAGCGCUUCCCCUCCCUCCCCGAGCACCUGGAGACCUCUACAGAGAUGCAGGAUAUCCAGAGGCAUGUUUCCGACCCUGUCCUGCCAGGCAGCUAGAACACCAACCACCAACACCACCUGAAGGCCUGGUCCUUUUUUGGAUGGGACAGCCGUGUACUCCCCACCACUCUGUUACUUCUUUCUCCCUCCGUUAUAACCUCGUCUGUCCAGUUCAGAUGCUGCUGUAGUGUGAGCGCGGGAUGCUUUGCCCUCCACGUCACCGAGGGCUCAGAGUGCCUCCGGUUUCUGAUGCACAGACUCCACGGCAACCUCACGGGCUGCCGUAGUCCCUCCAAGUCCCGAGGUCCUGUGCACUGAAGAGAUUACCCCGCCACCCGCCACCCAGCAGGGUGGGACAAAUGUGAAACACGAGCUGACAGUAAGCACACAAACAUGUCACACUGGAUCCAAAAGCUACACCGACCCGUCCCAGACCGAGAUUUCCUUCAAGACAGGUGAAAUGUCAAGGACUAUUAUUACCACUAUCUGCAUUCACUUUGUAUAAGAAUUGCACAGUUAGACUAGAAAAGUUGAAUCAUUUACUGGGAACUGAAUUUAUUUUCCUAAUAUUAAAGAUGCAUCGGUUAUGUUAAGAACAGCACAUGCAGUAAAUGUAAUAACUAUGAGUGAUAAAAGUUGGGGACGCUGUUGUUUGUUGAAUAAAUAUCAAGAGACAAACCACAGCUGUCUGGCACACUGUGAAGGAUGUCGGAGAAGCUUUCAUUUACUAUUUUAUGUUUGGACGUGAAUCAACACCAGCGUGUCAUUUGAUCACGAGAAAGUUAACGCACACGCAGUCAAGCGGAGCACAAAAACUUGCUGCUUCCUCGUAGCUCGUCCGGUUUUGCUGUGAUCACGGCUGCUUUGCUUGGUUUCCCGUCUCUCCGUGUCUCUAACACGUGUCAGUGGCUUCGUAAUGUGACCUGAGGAUUUGUUCUCCUGGUCGUGUUGAUUCACCGAGGACAGAGCGCGAUGCUUAAGGCCGGUGAAGGUAAAAACCCCAGCAGAGUGAAGUGGGUGGAAGCUGUCAGUCACGUACAGGUACAGAGACGUCACCUCAAGGCGUCCUUUGUUGAGAUGACUUCACAGUUCCAACCGCGAGGUGAAUGUAAUGGCUUUUUAAGCAUUUAUAAUUAUGUAUAAUGUUUCUUGAAGCACGGGUUCCUGUUAUUUAUCUUUUUUUUAGAUUAUUACACUGGAGUCCUAAAGGCUUUUGUGUGCACUGACUGACUCUUAGUGAGUAUUUAGUGAUGGACAUGCAGAGUCGAAGCAGUCCCUAUAGGACUGGACUCUGAAGGUCAAGUAACUGAAAAACAUUUACUUGGUUGCUGUAUGAAAAUAAAACAUGGUUGUACAUUUUAC